AUCGCGAUAGUAAACAGGCAGAUCCAGAGGAUUUGGAUUUGUCACCUUUAAGGAUGAGGAUUCCAUGCACAAGGCUAUUAACGAAAUGAAUGGCAGUGAGCUUGAUGGACGAAACAUCACAGUCAACGAGGCUCAAUCUCGCGGAUCAGGAGGUGGAGGCGGAGGAGGCUACGGUGGUGGUCGCCGUGAAGGUGGUGGUGGAGGUUAUGGUGGCGGUUAUGGAGGCGGUCGUCGUGAUGCAGGCUAUGGAGGUGGUCGCCGUGAAGGAGGCGACCGAGGUUAUGGAGGUGGUGGUGGAGGUUACUGUCACGCCCCGGACCUACCGGACACGUCAACAACCCGCCGUACAGUACGAAUAGUCAACCGCAGUCCAACUCAUCCAUACUAUACUAGGCGUCUUGAAUACCAUUCACACAUAGUACAUCCAUAAACAAUCAUAACGUAAAAUAUUUAAUUAAGCAGCGGAAACAUAAUUACAAAUAUUCAAGCCACACGUGGCAACCACGGGCAUACAAGCCCCCAAAUAAAUAUUCGAAAUAAUAUCCAUGAGCAUUAUUUAAAUUGUUUUCAAAACAGAAACAGGAGAAGUACGAACCCCGCCUUCCUCCUUGAAUUCCCCGAAGCAACGAGCGGUAGUAGCAAGCUCUACUCCCUACCUGAAACUG